AUGCAGGGCGCUACCAUCCAGGCACCAGGCCUAUCCACAUUCCUCAAGUCGCUCAAGAGCACGCCAGUAGAUGCCUCGGUUGAGCACUUUACUUCUCUCCUUAAGCGCCGCCAGAUUCGAAACUCGAGACCUUGUGCCAUUGCGACGACAGCCUUGCUACUGCGCGUAGUGGGCGAGUUCAAGGGGAGAGACGCUGCUAAACUCAUCGAGCGCAUCAAGCAAGUCGGCCGGCGGCUGACGUCAGCCCAACCAAGAGAAGUUGUAGUAGGAAAUAUUGUACGGCGUGUACUUGGGCUGGUACGUGAGGUCGUCGACGAGCAUGCGGAUGGACAAACACCUACGGGGAGCGACCGAGGCAAUGCAACACCACACGCUCACGCCUCGCACGAUUCGCUUCACAGGCCAGCACUUCAGUCGAGCAUAUCCACCUUCAGCCCUCUCAGACAUGCCGUAGCAGAGCCCAUGCCCACGGGCGGCUUCACAGACAACGCUUCCGACGCCAGCGAACCCUCAAGACGGCCCCCGUUGCUCACCUCGCACACUUCGUACGCACCAGCAUCGGCUGCACCUCUGGUACACUCGCUAUUCGGUCUCUUCUCCCAACCAGCAGACACGCCCUCGGCCACUAGCACACCGACAGGGCAAGCAUCGCCCACUGGCAGGAGCAACCUGACUGCGCUCAAUCUCGAGCGACUUGCAGGCAUGGAACGAGGUCAGAAUCUUGAUCUCAAAGGCGAAGUCAUGGAAGGCAUACGAGAGUUGCAAGACGAGCUGGAAACAUCAGACAAGCAAAUUGCCGAAGUUGCGCUCGAACACAUCCACGCCAACGAGAUCAUCCUCACCCACACUGCCUCCACAACCGUCCAAAAGUUUCUCUUGUUCGCUGCACGAAAACGAAAGUUUACCGUUGUACACGCCGAGACGUACCCUGACGAUCACACUGCUACGCAUGGAAUCCUGCUUACUGGCAAGAAGCGCGAGGCCAACCCAGAUGAUGAUGAAGACGAUGACAAGUGGAAGCCACUUACUGACGCGGGCAUCCAAGUCUACGUCAUCCCAGAUUCGCACGUGUUUGCGAUAAUGUCGCGUGUCAACAAGGUCAUACUUGCUACUCACACAGUUCUGGCCAACGGCGGUCUUGUCGCAGCCGCUGGAGCGCAUAUGAUUGCAAAGGCAGCGAAGGAGCAUCAGACACCCGUGGUAGUGCUCAGCGGUGUUUACAAGCUCAGCCCUGUUUACCCUUUCGACAUUGACGAGCUCAUCGAGUAUGGUGAUGCUGGUAGCGUAGUACCUUUUGACGACGGCGAGUUCGUAGACAAGGUUGAUGUUGAGAAUCCGCUAUAUGACUACGUCCCUGCGGAUCUUGUGGAUCUCUACAUCACCAACCUUGGUGGACACGCACCUUCAUAUCUCUACCGCAUCGUCGCAGACCACUACCGCUCUGAGGAUAUCACUCUGUAA